UCAGCUCAGGCGCGAUUUCUGACGCGGGAAAAAGUCUAACAGGGUCGUCUGAGUGGAAGAAGAAGCACCGCGGGUUCAGCGGAAAGUACCUAGUUUUACCCCAGCAGGCGUUUUUAUCGCGUAUAAAUGAAUCUUUUAUAGCAGAAACGAUCCGUAGAGACGCUCGAACCUCCAGGGAAACUGACAGACUGCUGAUAGGAGUGUAAACGUUUUCCUGGGUUUCACUGGACACUUUUCUCUGACUACAGAGAAUAUUUUAGUCAUACACAGUUUUCAACGAUGACAGACGCCAAACAUCCUCAAGUGAUUUUUUGCAAUGAUUCACCUAAAAGAGUCCUGGUUUCUGUGAUCAAAACAACUCCAAUCAAGCCCAGAGCUGUGGACUCGCUGAUGCCGACUAGUCCCGGGUUCAGUGACUUCAUGGUGUAUCCAUGGAGAUGGGGAGAAAACGCACACAACGUGACCCUGAGUCCUGGAUCAGGGACUGGAGCUUCAUCUCCUCAGAGAAACAGCAGCACUGCUACAGAUCCAGACCUCGUGUCCUGCACUGAGCACCUCAAGGAUGGGAUCCGCCGUGGCCGUCCACGCGCUGAGACCGUGCGUGAGCUCAUCAGUGAGGGCGAGAACUCCACCAGCCGAAUCCGCUGCAACAUCUGCAACCGUGUUUUUCCCAGAGAGAAAUCACUUCAGGCACACAAACGCACACACACAGGUGAGAGACCGUACUUAUGUGAUUAUCCAGACUGUGGGAAGGCCUUCGUCCAGAGUGGACAGCUGAAAACCCACCAGCGACUCCACACUGGGGAAAAGCCAUUUGUUUGUUCCGAGAAAGGCUGUGGUAGCCGUUUCACUCACGCUAACCGGCACUGCCCUAAGCACCCAUAUGCCAGGCUGAAGAGAGAGGAGCCCAGUGGAGAGCCUGGAAAUUCACAAGGGGCUGACAACAAGGCUGUGGCUGAGUGGUUAACAAAGUAUUGGCAGAUGCGUGAGCAGCGAACCCCAGUGCCAAGUAAAGGAAAAACCCUUAACAAGGCAGUGGAGGAUCAGGAGCAGCAGGACCCCAUGGACUUCCUGCCAUCUGAUGAAGGUGAAGAGGAAGAGCAGGAUGAGGGGAAGAGCAGUGGAGGAGGAGGAGGAGCUGCUCGGCGACGCCUUCAGGAGCAGAGGGAGCGGCUCCAUGGAGCACUUGCUCUAAUUGAGCUAGCAAACAACCUGUCUCCAUAAAAUAAACUCUGGGGUUGCAUAUUGCUGGGAAAAUUCUAGCUUACAUCCAAACAUGACUAAUGACACACCUAAGCUAUUUUAUCGAAAUAUUCAGAAUUUUGGUCAACAAUUGGCAUAGUAAAGCAAGUUUCCACUUUUGCAACCCUAGGAUUUACGGCCUAUGGCGGCCAACAUAAGCUAAAAAGCACCUUAUUUUUGCUUUCAGUUUUAACCUUAGGCUGCUAUCAUUGUAGAUUUGUUUAUAUGAAGAAUGUUUUUACUUUUUACAGCUUAUCAAAGAGAGCGAUGAUCAUUUUUGUUUUGUUUGGACUUUGUCAUGCACUUUUUUGUAACGUUAACGAGUUUUUUUUCUUUCAGCUGUGUGUGGAAUUGAGCAUGUUUAUAUCAUGUACAUAGAUGGACAUAGGUGUGUUUGUGAUUGUGAUUUGGAGUGCAUAAAGAUGCUACACUUGUCAUUUGAUUUGGGAAUAAGAAGACCAUUCUAGAGGAACCAGCAUGGGCUUUGUGUGAGAGGAGAGGCUGUGCUCUCUGAUAAGCUGCACCUGAGUUAACACAGUUGUGCUUUUUGUUACACAUAGUCAGUCCACUGUUUUGUCAUGUAUGUUAUACUACAACUGAGGUAUAGACUGCGCAGUAAAUUUAACUAACACAAGCUUGGUGAAUCUAUAGAAAGCUCCAUAUACUUUCCAAUAUGCAAGAAUAUAUUAGCUUAUAGCAGCCAAUGUUUUACGGCCACGUUGUCAUAUUAAAGGUAGUUCACAUUAUUUAGUGUUACUUCUACAAUAAAGCAGUUUGGCAGUGGGAUCCUUGCUAAUGGUUAUGUCAGCUUUUAAAGUCUGACUGGAGAAAGAUUUUCCACUUAAUCAACAGACAGCACUUGUUUUGGAAAUGAGAAGUGUUUUUUUUUUUUUUUUUUUUUGUCGUUUUGUAUCUAUGAUGGCAUAUUUACAAUUGAACACUACAUUAGGUUCUUUUUUUUUCCUCUCCAAAAUAUUAUCAUUUGACGUUUUUUCAUUGUAUAAACUCCAAAUGCUGAUUAAAUUGGAUGAUCAGUACGGUCAAGCUUGGUUGAAUUACAACUCCAAAGCCUAAUCUGGUGACAAUAUAUAAAACUGGAAAAUAUCUUUAGUCUUGAACAUCUAAAACGAAAACUGAUUAUAUAAUGUACACCUAAUUUUUGUAUUGUGUUCUUAUAUGUUUGUAUAUAAAUGAAUAAUAUAUUCCACCAAGUCAUUUGGAAACAUGCACAAGUUCUAAGUUAAAUUCUCAGAAGCAUCCUUUGUAAUAUUUUUUUGUGCAUGACACAGAAUGUAAAUCAAGCUGUUCAGUCUGUAACAUGGAAAAGGUAGAAGUUUGAAAAAGGACAUUGUAAAUGUACAAAGCAGGUGUUUUCUUGGAUUAUCCUGGUUAGUACUGCUGGUUUUUAAUAAACACCAUAAAUGACUGACUAAAA